AGUCUCGCAUUUCCAUUUAUUGCGGCUGUCUCUAAUUCGCUUGGUGCAGGUCGGGACUAAUUCGCCGGCGGCGGCGUAAAUCACGACGGCGGUUAUUAUUCUUAAACGAAGUUUAGAUGUACGAAGUUAUCAACAAUUUCCUUUUGCGGCUUUUGGUCCCGCCUUGCAUCAACUGAAUUGGAGACUGCUGUGAAUUGAAUAUUUCGAGAUUGAUUUCAGCUAAUUCAGCUUCCUUCUGCAUCGAUCUAAUAUCUUUUGCCUUUUGUUUCCUCUCAGAAUGUGAAGCGAGGAAUCUUGUAUUGGUGUUGUAUUUGCUCUGUAAACAUAGGUACAGCUGUCUUCUUGGAUGAUGUAGGGACUGUAGCAAGAAGUGAAUAUGUUGCUGCUGGCAAGAUUUCAGGAAUAUAAGACCAGUGGCUGGUGUGGACCAUAGGACGAAAAUACCCUUCUGCUAUAACUUAUACCUACGCUAACAUUAACGAGCAGCAGAAGCGGCAGCAGCAGCAGCGCAACAGCACUUCACUGUGAUCGUCGAAAUUGAAGAAAAUUCUCUUCUGAUUUCAAAAAUUCAACAUUCUCAUCUAAAAAUCGACAUAGAUCUACAGAUGGAAACAAUAUGCAUUAUAGUUACCUUUAAUGGUAGAUGGACUGAAGACUAUAAAUAUCUUGAUCAUCAAACAAAGCUUGUUCUAGUACCUGAGUCAAUUCGGUUUGAAGAUUUCAUUAAAAAGAUCUUUGAGGUUAUUGAAUUGGAUAGACACAAGUUUGAAGCAGUGAUAUGGUUUGAUAUUAACCUUGAAACAAGCAAAGGAAUGUUUGUAUCCAAAGAUUUAGAUCUUCACACAUGUAUAGAGUUGCUAAAAACUCAUUCACUCUUCAAGGGCUGUCGUUUCAUUGUUGAUAUUUUGGAAAGAGUUUUUGGAUCAACAAGCAAUGGACAUGUCAACACAGAAACUCAACAUGACAAUCAAAACAAAUGCCAGCAGAUAAUGGAAAUAAAUAUGGUUGAAGCUCAAGCAAUAACUGAAGAGGUGCUUCAAACACAUGUCAACAGAGAAACUCAACAUGACAAUCAAGACAAAUGCCAACAGAUAAUGGAAAUAGAUAUGGUUGAAGCUCAACCAAUAACUGAAGAUGCGCUUCAAACAUUUGAUUCUAUUCAAGUAAAAGGACAAAGCAUUAUAGAGAUUGACAACGAACAAGCUUUGGGUAUUCAAGUCUUAGAGAGUGCACCGGUAAUCGAAGAAGUUGUUGAAAAAACCUCUACUCAACUAAUUAGACGAAGAUCAAAUUUGAAACAAAAAGAAUCCCCAACUAUGAUAUUAAGAGAAAAUUCUUCGUUGGAAGAAAUAAAAGUCGGAUCAGUAUUUGGCAAGAAGAAGAGUAUAAUUAACUAUUUUUCCAAUAUAGCAAUUAAAGGACAUUUUGAAUUCAAGGUUGUUAGAUCAAGCUCAACAAGAUAUUCGUUGAAAUGCAAUGAUGAUAGGUGUUGUUGGUAUGUGCGUGCUUUCAGAAUUAAAGAUUCAACACUGUUCAAGAUAGUAAAGAUUGAGAAAAAGCAUGACUGCUCUGUUAACAUAAUGAAAGCAGAUCAAAGGCAUGCUACUUCAAAGUUAAUUAGUGGUUACAUUAUCGACAAUCUUCGGGACCUAAGGUUUGAAGUUACACCAGCUUUUGUCAUGGCAGAGAUGCAAAAAUUGCAUGGACUAGACAUUGGAUAUCACAAGGCGUGGCGUGCUAUUCAACAUGCUUCCGCUUUAAUAAGAGGAACUCCCGAAGAGAAUUAUGAAUUAUUGUCUUCAUACUUGUAUAUGAUGACAAGUAAAAACCCGGGAACUUAUACUAACAUAAAGAUAGACGACAAUUAA